AUGUCGGGAGCGCAAGGAGCAGAGCCGAUGGGAUCAAAGACGGCGACGACGUACGAGUCGGUGGAAGGAGGACAGAACAAGACAAAGCUUGAUUUAAGGUCGAGGGAAGAUGAAGGUGGAAUUAAAGUUGAUAAGCAAGAAGACAAGGUUCCUGAAGCUGCUGGUCUAGGCGGACCUGUCUUUGGCGCUGGUAAAGAAGAUAAGAAGCAGGAUCUUGGUGUUACCGGCACUGGUUAAAUCUCUUGUUUCUAUAAUGUAUAGUAUGUGUUUAUACUUGUCUUUUCACGUUAGUGUUUGUUUAAGAAUCAGAAGUCGAUGAAUAAAGUAAUCUACGGGUCUUUUCUCGUCA